UACGGACACGGAGACGGCGCGGUGCAUCUCGCCGCGCGACACACCGCUCCAUACUCCGCCUUUACUUACAUUGUAUUCCUUGUCAAGGGAUUUCAACAAUUUUUCGAGACGUUUGGAAGCGCGAAAGUUGACCCGUGGCUUACAACGCGCUCCAAAGGUUUGAAACUUUUGAAAGAUGCAAGAAAUACGCUUCGUCGGCCGAGUGGUUGUGGUGACGGGAGCAGGCGCAGGGUUGGGACGUGCCUAUGCAUUGCUGUUUGCAUCCAGGGGUGCUAGCGUUGUUGUAAAUGAUUUAGGAAGCAACAGACAUGGCGAUGGAAGCAGCAGCAAGAGUGCGGAUACUGUGGUCCAGGAAAUUCGACGAAAUGGAGGCAAAGCUGUCGCGAAUUACGAUUCUGUGUUGGAUGGUGCAAAAAUUAUUAAGACUGCAAUCGACGCAUUUGGCCGUAUUGACGUGGUCGUUAAUAAUGCCGGUAUCCUGCGGGACGUGUCAUUUGCGAAGAUGACGGAUGCUCAAUGGGACAUCAUACACGACGUCCAUCUGAAAGGUGCAAUGAAAACGACGCAAGCGGCGUGGCCGUACUUUAUUAAGCAGAAUUACGGCCGUGUAAUUUUUACAUCGAGCAACAGCGGUGUGUAUGGAAACUUUGGCCAAUCUAAUUACAGCUCGGCAAAACUGGGUCUCGUAGGAUUAGCAAACACAUUGGCCAUUGAAGGCGAAAGGAAGAAUAUUUACACCAACGUUAUAGUACCCACAGCUGGCUCACGUUUAACAGAAGAUAUUAUUCCACCGGAUUUCUUUGAGCAGUUGAAGCCUGAAUUGAUAGCACCUGUGGUCUUUUGGUUGUGCCACGAAGAUUGUACAGAAAAUGGUUCGAUAAUUGAAGCGGCAUUAGGUUGGGCUGGCAAAUGUCACAUAAUUCGUUCUUCGGGUUGCGUCUUGCGGCAAAAUUUAUCGGACGAUCUUACGCCGGAAAAUGUACGAGAAAAUUGGUCGAAAGUAAUAGACAUGACAUCGGCAAAGCGACUCACGUCGAUCCAGGAAGCGACAGGAGAACUGUUAGGCAUUCUUGAGAACAUGAAAAGCGGUGCUCCUUCAAAAGAAGUAGACCAUGUCAUGAGGAGCACGUAUAAUAAUCGCGAUAUUAUACUGUACGCGCUUGGAGUUGGAGCUACAGUUCAGGAACCGACUGAUAUUCGUUAUUUGUAUGAGAAUGCCGAUGAGUUUGCCGUUUUACCUACUUUCUACGUUUUGUUUGGUCCUGUAGGAUGCAUGAACUCGUCUAUCUUGCAAGACGCUCUUCCAUUUACGCAAGUUAAUCCAACACAAAUACUUCAUGGCGAGCAAUAUCUAGAAGUUUUCAAACAAUUACCUACGGAAGCUACGGUGGAGACACGCUUUAAAGUUCAGGAUAUUUUGGAUAAAGAAACAGGCGCCGUUGUUUUAGUUCAACAUGAUACCUACGAUGUGGCAAAUGAAGAGAAGCUAUCGACCGGCCAGAUAUCUAUAUUUAUCGUUGGCAUAGGUGGCUUUAAAGGAAAACGAACAUCGACAUUUACCAUUCCAAUCGUUAAUCCUCCCACUCGAAAUCCAGAUGUAACAGUUACGCAACAGACUAGUGUUGACCAGGCUGCUUUGUACAGAUUGAGUGGAGAUCUUAAUCCUUUGCAUAUUGAUCCUAAUGUCGCCGCGAUGGCGGGAUUCGAAAGGCCGAUACUGCAUGGACUGUGCUCCUUGGGAUUCUCUACCCGUCACGUUCUUCAGACGUAUGCUGCUGGAGAUCCACGUUUAUUUAAAUCCAUUAAGGUGAGAUUUGCAAAGCCGGUUUUACCAGGUCAGACCCUACGUACUGAUAUGUGGCGCAACGGUAACAGAAUACACUUCCAAACAUCUGUCCUCGGGACUGAAAAACCGGUUGUUACAGGUGCUUACAUUGAUCUAUUGGAAGUCAAAAUGGGAGUGCCGCGAGCAAAUCCGUGUUCCGGAAAGACAGAUCUGCAGAGCGAUGCUAUAUUUGCAGCUAUCAGCGAACAAGUGAAACAGAAUCAAGAUCAAGCUAAGAAAGUUAAUGCAGUCUUUCUUUACAAUAUUACCAUCGACGGGAAACAAUUAUCAGAAUGGACUCUCGAUUUGAAGAACGGUGAAGUGCAUAAGGGAAAGCCUAAAUCUGGGAAAGCAGACGCGACGCUAACUGUGGAAGAUAAAGAUAUGGUUGAAAUCGCACUGGGAAAAUUGAAUCCACAGUUGGCAUUUAUGCGUGGGAAAUUAAAAAUAACCGGGAAUAUUAUGCUCACGCAAAAACUUAAGAGUCUUAUGGAAACUUCUAAAGCAAAGUUGUGAUUUGUUUAUAUUGUUAUCAUGAUUCUUCUAAGCGAAUAACAUAAUUUGCGUAAUUAAAAAGAGCGCAAUAAAUUACGAAAUUACAUGAAACCUAACUGGAAGUAUUAUAGGCUGGGGAUAUACAUAUUCGUACAUAUAUAUAUAUAUAUAUAUUGUUAUUGUUUGUUCCAAUAAAAAGGCAUUUCUUUUAUAAGGAAUUUGUUACUGUUUGGGGAAAAUCUUAAUUGAUUUUAUAUAUCUGUAUUGUAAUACAUUUAUAAUAAAGUUAUUGAUUGAAGAA